AUGCAAGGUGUCUUCGUUGGCAACAACGCUGUUCUCGCCACUUCGCUCCAGGCCGUCACCCCCAAUGCAGGCGGAAACAACGUCAAGUGCGAGGUCAAGAACCCCAACUACCCUGGACAGACCUAUGCGCUCAACGCAUGGAACACUUUUAUCGACCUUGAUGGGAACCAUAACGCUGCUAUCCCAACCGACGUUACAUCGUUCACCAUCGAGUGCAAGGUCUAA